AUGGCCUCCACAAUGCCUGCACACUCAUUGCCAGAGCGCAGCCCUCAAUCCAAAGCAUCUCCGUUCCAGCUCAACGAGUCGAUCACUGCCAGCCAUGUCUUCGCUCCUGUUGCGAAGGUCACGGGCACGACCAAAAAAGAGCUCCUCGUCGUCUCCCCAUACCUUGAGCCAGCUCACUUGCUUGAUCUCUCUACCCUGGAUACCGCCAAUCAACUGCUCGCAAAAGCUCUCGUUGAUCUGAAGUUCAUAAGAGAUGAUCAUAGAACAGCGCCAUACGCCGAUUCCCUCAAUUGGCCCGAGAUCAUCAACUCGGUCCGCAAACUGGCUGAGGCAUCCGAGUUCAAGUGGAAGACCACAGACUUCUACAUAGUCGUUUUUCGAUCCAGGAUUCCCCCCACCACGAUCUAUGCUGAUCUCGGCGUUCUUGACAAAGCUGCGCAUGCUGAGGCAACUGAGAGCGGAGGAUUCCUAAAAUACCUAUUCUCAUGCCCAGACAUCGAUGGUCGCAACCUGGCAACUUGUGUCUGGCGUAGCAAGCAUGAUGCAGCGAUCGGUAGUGUCGGUCCGCACCACCGUAAAGCUGCUCAUGCUACCCGACUGUUGUACACCGAAUGGGCCAUUGAGCGCCUGAGACUGGUCAUCAAUGAUGAUGUCAGGUCAUGGGAGAUUGUCGACUGGUCGGCCUGA